AUGGAAAGAACGGCUUGGGCUGACAGUGCCACGGACUUUUCAGAUGACAGGAUCACAGCUAUUACAAAAUGGCUUUGCCGAUCAAAGCAGUUCAAACAUUCGUUUCAUGGCAAAUCUUUCCAUUGUUGCGCAUCUCCUUUGAUCCAGCCAAUUCUAUAUCUCUAUCUUCCAGUUCUUGCUCUUCCUCCCAAAAAGCCACGAAUGUUAAAUUCCCAGCAGGACCUCUCUCAGUUACCCUUCAUCCUCUUCCGCCCUUCCUCAAACAUGAGCAACAGCCCACUCAGCAUCCACACCCCCGUCACACGUAACCGGGCUCGCAACCUCAAUUCGCCCCUCCUCAUCAUACCCCUGUCUGGUGUGGGCAUCGAUAUAAAACUUGACAUCUAG